AUGAAGCUGAACCCGAAGAAGUGUGUCUUCGGGUUAAGAUCAGGAAAAUUCUUGGGAUUCUUAGUCAGUGAGCGUGGCAUAGACGCUAACCCAGAAAAAGUAGAAGCAAUCAUCAGUCUGCCAAAACCCAAAAGUGUAAAAGACAUACAACGGUUGACAGGGAGAAUAGCCGCCUUGAACAGAUUUGUGAGCAAGUCGGCAGAUAAGCAGAUGCCUUUCUUCACAACCUUGAGGCAAAACAAGAAAUUCAAGUGGGGGCCGGUACAGCAAGAGGCUUUUGAGUCCCUAAAAGAUCACCUGAAAAACCUACCAACAAUAGCAAGGCCAAAAGAAGGCGGAAAAUUACAGUUAUACAUAUCGGUGUCACCAAAGACAGUAGCAGCAGUACUGGUAGCAGAAACAGAGAACAAAGUGCAACAACUAGUAUACUUUGUCAGCCAUGUGCUGAACGUCCUUGUCGCGGCUAGAAAAUUGGGACCGUACUUUGAUGCGCACACAAUCGAGGUGUUGACAAACUUCCCUCUUGAAAAAGCCAUAAACAAACUGGAUACAUCAGGAAGGUUGCUGAAGUGGGCACUAGAGUUGUCAGAGUUUGACUUGGAAUUCCGGCCAAGAACCGCAAUUAAAUCCAAAGCAUUGGCGGAUUUCAUAGUUGAAGCUUCCUACCAAGAAGACGAGGUACAAGCUGAAGUAUGGGAGGUAUCAGUGGAUGGCUCAGCAGCACAGAUAGGCAGUGGUGCUGGAAUAAUCAUGAAAUCACCAGGGGGAGACAUUUUUGAGUAUGAUAUAAAAUUUACCUUCGUUGCGUCGAAUAAUGAAGCAGAAUAUCAGGCGGCAAUCGCUGGCAUCCAAAUGUGCUUGGCAGCGGAUGCAAAAAGAGUAACACUGACAACAGAUUCACAGCUGGUAGCCAGCCAAUUCAAAGGAGAAUACGAGGUAAAAGAUCCGUCGAUGAGAAAGUACCUGGCAAAGUUGACAAAAGUGUCGGCUCAACUAGAAAAAUUCAGUAUCAAUCUAGUACCUAGGGCGGAAAACAUGUUGGCAGAUGCACUAGCAAAAUUAGCAAGUUCGAAUAUCGCCGACUUAAGAAGAACAUUCAUGAUGGAGGUCAUGAACAAGCGAAGUACAGAGUCGGAUGAAAUACGGGUCAUGGUCAUCACAACUCAGGCAGAGUGGUUCGAUAAUAUCCAAGCAUACAUACAGUCUGGAACUCUACCAGCAGAUUUGGCAGAGGCCAAAAAGACAAAAAGAAAUGCGAUAUGGUACAUCAUCCUGUGGGGACGGCUGUACAAAAAGUCAUUCAGCCUACCGUUCUUAAGGUGCCUAACGGCAUUCGAGUCAGCAAGGCUGGUCGAAGAAAUGCACGAGGGGACGUGCGGAAACCAUUCCGGCGGAAAACCACUUGCCAUCAUCUGCCAAAGACAAGGCUAUUACUGGACAACAAUGUUAGAAGAUUGUCGAGCAUACGUAAAAAAGUGCGACAAAUGCCAAAAAAUUUCAGCAGUGAUCAACUUGCCGGCUAACGACUUGAUGCCUAUUCUAAACCCAAUCCCAUUCGCACAGUGGGGAAUGGAUAUUGUAGGACCAUUCCCAAUGGCAGCCGGAGGACGCAAAUUCCUAAUAGUAGCGGUGGAUUACUUCACCAAAUGGAUUGAGGCGGAGCCAGUAGCUAAAAUAACGGCGAACCAGGUGAAAAAGGUCAAAUUAGCUCACUCAUCAGUAUGUCACCCACAAAGCAAUGGGCAGGCAGAGGCAGCAAACAAGCAAAUACUGGAUGCGCUUAAAAAGAAGUUAGAAGACUGCAAAGGCAAAUGGGCAGAUCUUAUGCCAGAAGUUCUGUGGUGUAACAGAACAACAGUCAAAGAGGCUACCGGCGAGAGUCCGUUUAAGCUAAGCUUCGGGUCUGAAGCGGUCAUACCGGAAGAAAUGGCUCUGCCAACCAUGCGCAUCCAGCAUUACGAUGAGGAGAGAAAUGAUCAAUUGCUACGGCAUCAGCUAGACUUCAUGCCAGAAAUCCGCCUAAAAGCAGAAAUUAGUUCGGCAGCGUAUAAAAGCAGAAUGGGCAGAGCGUACAACAAAAAAGUAAAACACCGGCCUCUAGGAGUGGGAGACCUAGUACUGCGGAGAACAGCCGCAACCGGAAAAGGAAAUGCUCAAGUAAAACUGACAGCAAACUAG